GUGUUGCGCCCGUUCGGCCACCUGGUCUGGCCGAUCUAACACGUCUGUAAUUUGCUCUGCUGCAACAGUAUCAUUAAAUGCAAGGGGCACUUAACAUUUCUUAUUCCAUUAAUGCCUUUAUGCUUCGCAGUACAAGGUCAGGGUCAGCUUUUCUGGCGCCCAUCGCACGCACUUUGGGCGCGGCAAAGAGGGCGAGACGAUGCUAUCACCAGGCCACAUUAGGAUCUGCACCGAUUCUGUGCGAUGUCGACUGGGCCUCGCUGUUCGACAUCAUUGCCUUCCAUGCAUCGCGGUGACGCUGGCGACACGAGCCGACAGUGAAGACUCUGGAUUACAGAUGCUAGCAGUGGUCUUUUGGCGUGGAUGUUCCCGUGGCUUUCCUUUUGCUCCAGGGGUGCUUGCUCAACCCUCCGAAGGCGCAGACAUUCCGCGAUGUCGGAGGAAACAAGUGGCAGUACUGGCCUGCCCCAUAGUUCGCGCCGAUCUCGCCAGUCACCGUCGCGUCGGUCGUCGCUACCCUCGUCGCUGUCAGUGCGCGCUGCGAGAAGCCCGUCGGCCGCUAAGGAGCCCACGACGCCGGGCUUCUCGCCGGUCGUCAACGCCGACGACGACGACGAAGACGGCCAGGGUGGUGCCGGCAUCGUCAAGAUCGCCCUGAGCCCCCGACCUACACUCUAA